UCUGGUUGUGCGGGUCCGAAUGCUUCGGUACCUCUUACCGGAUGGCAGAAGGGUGAAGAGUGUGUGUGACGGGUGUGUGGAAUCAUCCACAAUGCUGUUAGCUUUGCAGAUGCAGCAUGUGGAGUAAAUGUCUGUGAUAGAAGGAAGAGAGACUCCGAUGAUCUCAGCUGUCCUCACUAUCCGCUGAAGGGUCUUGUGGACUGAGACGGUGCAAUUCCCAAACCAGGCAGUGAUGCAGCUGCUCAGGAUGCUCUCGAUGGUCCCUCUGUAGAAGGUGGUCAGGAUGGGAGGUGGAAGAUGAGCCUUCCUCAGCCUUCGCAGGAAGUAGAGACGCUGCUGGGCUUUCCUGGUGAUGGAGCUGGUGUUGAGUGACCAGGUGAGGUCCUCCGCCAGGUGAACACCAAGGAAUUUGGUGCUCUUGACGAUCUCCACGAUGGACCCAUCGAUGUUCAGUGGAGAAUGGUCACUCUUAGCUCUCAACCAUCUCUUUAGUCUUGUCAACGUUCAGAGACAGGUUAUUGACUUUACACCAGGCUGCUAGUUGUUGCACCUCCUCUCUAUAUGCUGACUUGUCGUUCUUACUGAUGAGACCCACCACGGUCGUGUCAUCGGCGAACUUGAUAUGAUUAGAGCUGUGCAUUGCUACACAAUCAGCAGAAUGAAUAGCAGUGGGCUGAGCACACAGCCCUGAGGAGCUCCAGUGUUCAGUGUGGUGGUGCUGGAGAUGCUGUUCCCGAUCCGGACUGACUGAGGUCUCCAAGUCAGGAAAUCCAGGAUCCAAUUGCAGAGGGAGGUGUUGAUGCCUAGCAGACUCAGCUUCUCGAUCAGAUGCUGAGAGCUUCAUGAUGCCUGAGGUACGGGAUUUGUCAGAUGCCCUGCCGGAAAUGCUUAUGGAUCCCAUCACUGGUGUAGGUGUUGUUGCCUCAAGAAAUCGAGCACCCACUGGCUACGAUGUGGUUGCACAAACCACAGAUGGAAUGGAUGCUGACUUGUGGAAGGAUGGACUGUUUAAGUCGAAGGUGACACGCUACCUUUGCUUCACUAGGGUCUUCUCUAAGGAAAAUAGUCAUUUAGGAAAUGUGCUGGUGGACAUGAAGCUAAUUGACAUUAAAGAUACACUGCCUGUUGGCUUUAUCCCGAUUCAAGAGACAGUGGACACACAGGAGCCAGCUUUCAGGAAACGGAGGCUGUGUAUUAAGUUUAUCCCAAGAGAUUCCACUGAGGCUGCAAUUUGUGACAUUCGGAUUCUGGGACGCUCCAAACAGGCUCCACCACAGUAUACAUUCAUAGGAGAGCUGAACAACAUGGGGAUCUGGUACCGAAUGGGGAAGGUGCCUAGAACUCAGGACUGCUCUCCCACAGCAACCACCACGAGCAUACAAACAGUCACCAACUCUACUUCAGUUCCUGUCCUACCCAAACACAUAUCUAUGACCCUACCUGCCAGUUUUAGGAGAAGUACCACUCGACCUGACUAUGAACAUCAAAGCUCCAACCUAUAUGCUAUCUCAGCUAUGGAUGGAGUGCCAUUUGUGAUCUCGGAGAAGUUUGCAUGUGCUUCCAGUGAUUUACAACAGAUAGACUUGAUGGGCAUAAGGAUCAAAUCCCUUGCAGAGAUUGAAAAAGAGCCUCCUCAGGAAGUACAACCGCUGUUGUGCCUUCUUAACCAGCGUGGUGGUGUUGAGUGUCCAGGUGAGGUCCUCACUGAUGUGGACCCCCAGGUAUUUAAAGCUGCUCACCCUCUCCAUUUCAAGCUCUCGGAUAAACAGUGGCUGGUGAGUUCUCCUCUCCUUCCUUAUGUCUACUAUCAUCUCCUUUGUCUUGUCUAUGUUGAUGGUGAGGUUGUUGUCCUCACACCAUGUCACAAGACCACCUCCCCCCUGUAGGCUGCUUCAUCCCAUCCAGUGAUCCAUCCUAUCACUGUGGUGUUAUCACUGUUGUGGCUGAAGUCCAUGACAGACUGCAGUCUGUGGGUGAGUUUAUGGGGGAUGACUGUGUUGAAUGUGGAACUGUAGUCGAUAAAGAGCAUCCUGAUGUACAGUGCCUUGCAAAAGUAUUCACCCCCCUUGGCAUUUUUCAUGUUUUGUUGCCUCACAACCUGGAAAUAAAAUGGAUUGUUUGAAGGUUUGCAUCAUUUCAUUUACAGAGCAUGCCUACAACUUUGAAGAUGUGAUUUUUUUUUAUUGUGAAGCAAACAACAAAUAGGACAAAAUAACAGAAAACUUCAGCGUGCAUAAAUAUUCACCCCCCUAAAGUCAGUACUUUGUAGAGCCACUUUUUAUGGCAUUUACAGCUGCAAAUCACUUUGGAUAAGUCUCUAUGAGCUUGCCACAUCUUGCCACUGGGAUUUUUGCUCAUUCCUCAAGGCAGAACUGCUCCAGCUCCUUCAUCUUGGAUGGUUUCCGCUUGUGAACAGCAAUCUUCAAGUCUGACCACAGAUUCUCAAUUGGAUUGAGGCCUGGGCUUUGACUAGGCCAUUCCAACACAUUUAAAUGUUUCCCCUUAAACCACUCGAGUGUUGCUUUAGCAGUAUGCUUCGGGUCAUUGUGCUGCUGGAAGGUGAACCUCCGUCCCAGUCUCAAAUCACAGGCAGACUGAAACAGGUUUUGCUCAAGAAUAUCCCUGUACAGCAGGUCCUCGGUUUAUGACGUCCUCGACUUACGGCGUUUGGUGGUUUGCGACAUUAAAACAAAUUUCGCGUGGGAACUAGUUGGCAAGCGGAGCGGACAACUACGUCGUCAUGCGGCACUACACGAGGAAGACGGCAAUAUGCGAGUUCUGACUUAUGGCGAAAAUCGAGUUACGUCACGCCGUAGGAACAGAAUUCAGAAAGUUGAGGACCCCCUGUAUUUAGCACCAUCCAUCUUUCCCUCAACUCGGAUCAGUUUCCCAGUCCCUGCUGCUGAAAAACAUCCCCACAGCAUGAUGCUGCCACCACCAUGUUUCACUGUGGGGAUGGUGUUCUUGGGGUGAUGGGAUGUGUUGGGUUUGCACCAGACAUAGCGUUUUCCUUGGUGGUCGAAAAGUUCAAUUUUAGUCUCAUCUGACCAGAGCACCUUCUUCCAUACAUUUGGGAAAUCGCCCACAUGUCUUUUGGCAAACUCAAAACAUGCCUUCUUAUUUUUAACACUAAGUAACGGCUUUUUUUCUGGCCACUCUUCCAUAAAGCCCAGCUCUAUGGAGUGUACGGCUUAUUGUGAUCCCAUGCACAGAUACACCAGUCUCUGCUAUGGAACUCUGCAGCUCCUUCAGGGUUACCUUUGGUCUCUGUGCUGCCUCUCUGAUUAAUGCCCUCCUUGCCCGGUCUGUGAGUUUUGGUGGGCGGCCCUCUCUUGGCAGGUUUGUUGUGGUACCAUGUUCAUUCCAUUUGAAGAUGAUGGAUUUGAUGGUGCUCCGGGGGAUCAUCAAACAUUUGGAUAUUUUUUUAUAACCCAACCCUGACUUGUACUUCUCAACAACUUUGUCCCUGACUUGUUUGGAGAGCUCCUUGGUCUUCAUGGUGUGAUGCCUCUUGCUUAGUGGUGUUGCAGCCUCUGGGGCCUUUCAGAAAAGGUGUGUUUAUACUGACAGAUCAUGUGACACUUAGAUUGCACACAGGUGCAACAUUUCACUAAUUAUGUGACUUCUAGUGCAACCAAUUACCUUCAGAACUUUUGAGGGGCUUCAUAGCAAAGGGGGUGAAUACAUAUGUACAUGCCAAUUUUCAAAUUUUUAAUUUUUAAAAAUUCUUUUUUAUAUAUAUUUUUCUCAUUUCACUUCACCAACUUGGACUAUUUUGUGCAGAUCCAUCACAUAAAAUUCAGAUUAAAAAAACAUUUAAAUGACAGGUUAUAAUGUAACAAAACAUGAAAAAUGCCAAGGGGGGUGAAUACUUUUGCAAGGCACUGUAGGUGUUCAUAUCUUCCAGAUGAGAAAAGGAAAUAUGUAGGGCAGCGGCAAUGACAUCUGAGGUGGACCUGUUGGGCCGGUAUCCGUACUGCAGGGGGUCCAUGUGUCUGAUAUGCUGCUCUGAAUGUGGGCCAGCACCACUCUCUCAAAACACUUUGUGAUUAUUGGAGUGAGUGCUAUAGUCUGCAGAGUGCUGUAGAUAGGAUUGAGUGAUAUAGUCUGUAGAGUGGUGUAGAUUGGAGUGAGAUUGGUCUGUAGACGUUCAGGCAGUUCGGGGGGCUCUUCUUGGGGAGGGGGGUUGAAGGUUGUGGUCUUGAAGCAGGUUGGUACGGUGCUCUGACUGAGGGAGAGGUUAAAGAUGGAAGUGAGUACAUCAGCCAGCUCUGAGAGCCCGCCCAGGGAUGUUGUCUGGCCCAGCUGCCUUACAGGGGUUGAUCUUCCUCAGUGCUUUAUGUACCACAGCUGAUGAUACAGUAAGAAGGGAGAAGGGGGGUUGGUGGUCCCAGUGUGUGUGUGCCUCAAUGUGGGCGUAUGUGGUGUUGAGGUCAUACGGCAGGCUGUCUGAGGGGCUGAUAGUAGUGCUCGUGGUGGUCCUGUGGUCUGUGAUGUGCGGCAGGCCUAUACUGUCUCUUGGCCGCUGUAAUGGCUUUUUUAGUCUGUACUUUGCAGCUUUGUACUCAUUGCCUGAUGUAAUUGCAAAUGAUGGAGCAUGCAGUAUGUGGCGUUACCUGACUCUUUAUCCAGGGCUUCUGAUUGGGCAACUUACUGACUUGUAUGGUGGGUACGAUGUUAUCAACACAAGUGUUAAUGCACCUAGUCACAUAGUCAGCAUAAUCCUGUAUGCUGACAGACUGGGAUGUGUUUAAAACUGCAGCAUCUCGGGAGGACUUUUCUGUCAUAGCAAAACAGUCCUUCAAGAUGAGCUUAAACUGUUUGGUGACAGGAUUUGUUUGUUUGUUCUUGUACCUGGCUUAUAGACAAAGACUCAUAGAGAUGUGGUCUUAUUGUCCAAAGUGGGGGUGGGGUGCAGCCCUGUAUGCACCAUGUAUGUUACUGUAAACAUUGUCCAGUGUGAUGAUAUCAUGGGUAGGAAUGUCCACAUGUUGGUGAUAUUUGGGAAGAACAGUCCAUACUUUGCACUGAUUAAAGUUGCCAAUGGCAAUAAAAACAGCAUCAGGGUGAGCCAUCUCUAAUGUGAUGAAAACAUCGUGGAACUUGCUGAGCACGACUAUGGAGUUGGCUCACGGAGGGAUGUAAACAGUUGCCAUGAACACAGCAUUAAAUUCUUUGGUUGAUAGUAGGGACAGCAUUUCAGCAGUAAAAACUCCACAUCUGCCGAGCAGUACUUAUAAACAGUCUGUAUGUCUCCACACCACGAGUUGUUAAUAAACACACACACCACCCCCUUUAGCCUUACCAGAGGCUGCAGUCCGGUCACCUCGGAGUAUGAAGUGAGUCUGUAGUUGAACAGAGAAUUCCAGGACAUUGUCUGAGAGCCAGGUCUCGGCAAAAAUCAGAGCGCAGCAUUCUCUUAAUUCCCGUUGUGAUUUAAUCCUUGCUCUCAGCUCGUCCAGUUUGUUUUCCAGAGAUCACACAUUAGCUAACGAGGCUGGGUAGUGGUGGCCAGCUAGCAUGGGCUUUUAGUCUUUAGUCUUCCUGGGGGGUGGUGGUGGCUGUGGGAGCGGGUAAUGAUUUGUAGCUCCGGAGGUAUGAAAUCGGUUAAUUCAAAUGGUUAGCUGAAUUUAAAUGUCCAUUAAUGCUUGUCUGUUGUAUGUUAGCAGCGCAUGGCAUUUGUGCCCUGCAAAAGAAACAAGAAACAAAAAAGAAGGACAAAACAGAGUUCAAGAGCGGAGCAAGCAAACGUCUGCCUUGGGGGGCUCCAGGCAAUAUUCUGCUGUGAAAUCUUGAGUAUUGACAUUCAUGUGGAUGUUGAUUUUAGCACAUAUCAGCAUCUAAACAUUUUUGCAGACCAAGUACACAGCCAUCAAGGCUGUGUGUAUGUGUGUGUGUUUGUGUGUAUAUGUAUGUAUGUGUAUAUGUGUGUGUGUGUGUGUAUAUGUAUGUGUAUAUAUGUGUAUAUAUAUAUAUAUAUAUAUAUAUAUAUAUAUAUAUAUAUAUAUAUUUCAAGAUUUCAAGAAGCUUUUAUUGUCAUUUCAACCACAUACAGCUGGCGCAGUACAUAGUGAAAUGAAACAACGUUUCUCCAGGACCUGGUGCUACAUAAACAUACAACAAGAAGUUCAACACAAAACAACAAACAACACCACAGAGCUAGGACAGAAGUUUGUCUUAGCUACGUAAAGUGCACAGUGUGCAGCUAGGUGCAAACAGAGCAUAGACAAGACAGUGCAAAAAAGACAAUAAAUACAAUAAAGACAACACAAAAGAACACAGGACAUAAAAGAACGUGUACUGGAAUGUAAGUGAAAUAAAAUAGAUAAAGUGAAAUGAUGUAAAAAAAAAAAAGUAUUGUGCAAAAAUACACAGCAGCAGUUGAGGUAGUGCAAAUAGAAUAAACAUAAAUAUAACUAUAGCAGCGGAUGACAGGUAGAGGUAGUGCAGUAAGUAAUGAACAGUAUAAAUUGUGUGUGUGUGUGUGUGCGUCCACACAGUCAAGAGAGAGUGUGUAUCUGUGUGUGAGAGAGACAGAGAGUUAAUAUACAGUUCAGUCCUGAGUGAGAGUGUGUGUGUGUGUGUGUGUGAGAGAGUGUAGAACAGUUCAGUCCUGAGUGAGAGUGUGUGUGUGUGAAUGAGAGUGUAGAACAGUUCAGUCCCGGGUGUUGAGGAGCCUAAUGGCUUGAGGAAAGAAACUGUUACACAGUCUGGUUGUGAGGGCCCGAAUGCUCCGGUACCUCUUUCCAGAUGGCAGGAGGGUGAAGAGUGUGUGUAAGGGGUGUGUGGGGUCGGCCACAAUGCUGUUGGCUUUGCGGAUGCAGCGUGCGGUGUAAAUGUCCGUGAUAGAGGGGAGAGAGACUCCGAUGAUCUUCUCAGCUGUCCUCACUAUCCGCUGAAGGGUCUUGUGAUCUGAGACGGUGCAGUUCCCAAACCAGGCAGUGAUGCAGCUGCUCAGGACGCUCUCGAUGGUCCCUCUGUAGAACACAGUCAGGAUGGGGGAAGGCAGAUGGGCUUUACUCAGCCUCCUCAGGAAGUAGAGGCGCUGGUGGGCUUUCUUGGUGAUGGAGCUGGUGUUGAGUGACCAGGUGAAGUUCUCCGCCAGAUGGACACCGAGGAAUUUGAUGCUCUUGACGAUCUCCACAGAGGAGCCAUCGAUGGACAGCGGAGAAUGGUCACACUGUGCUCUCCUGAAGUCAACAACCAUCUCUUUGGUCUUGUCGACGUUCAGGGAGAGGUUGUUGGCUCUGCACCAGGCUGUUAGAUGUUGCACCUCCUCUCUGUAUGCUGACUCAUCAUUCUUGCUGAUGAGACCCACCACGGUCGUGUCAUCAGCGAACUUGACGAUGUGGUUGGAGCUGUGCAUUGCUGCACAGUCGUGAGUCAGCAGAGUGAACAGCAAUGGACUGAGCACACAGCCCUGAGGUGCUCCAGUGCUCAGUGUGGUGGUGCUGGAGAUACUGCUCCCGAUCCGGACUGACUGAGGUCUCCCAGUCAGGAAAUCCAGGAUCCAGUUGCAGAGAGAGGUGUUCAGGCCCAGGAGACUCAGCUUCUUAAUCAGCUGCUGAGGGAUGAUUGUGUUGAAUGCUGAACUGAAAUCUAUGAACAGCAUUCGAACGUAGGAGUCAGUCCAGGUGUGUGAGGGCCAGAUGGAGGGUUGUGGUGAUGGCGUCUUCCGUGGAACGGUUAGGACGAUACGCAAACUGCAAGGGAUCCAGCAAGGGUGGUAGCUGUGACUUGAUGUGCCUCAUGACGAGCCUCUCGAAGCAUUUCAUCACGAUUGGUGUGAGUGCAAUGGGACGGUAGUCAUUGAGGCAGGAAACUGUGGACUUCUUUGGCACAGGGACGAUGGUCGUUGUCUUGAGGCACGUAGGGAUGAUGGAGCUGCUCAGCGAGAUGUUGAAGAUGUCAGUGAAGACAUCUGCUAGCUGCUCUGCACACUCCCUGAGAACUCUGUCAGGAAUGUUGUCUGGUCCAGCAGACUUCCGUGGAUUAAUUAAUUCCGUGGAUUCCGUGAGACAGAGCACUGGAUCAUUAGGAGGAGGGAUGGUCUUCCUCACUGUUGUGGUGUUCUGUGCCUCAAACCGACCGUAGAAGUCGUUCAGCGCAUCUGGAAGGGAGGCAUCACUGUCACAGGAAGGUGAAGUUGUCCUGUAGUUGGUGAUCACCUGAAUGCCCUGCCACAUGCGCCGGGAGUCUCUGCUGUUCUGGAAGUGGCCGUGGAUUCUAUGGCCGUGUGCACGCUUCGCCUCUCUGAUGGCUCGGGACAGUUUGGCCCUUGCUGUUUUUAAGGCCGCCCUGUCCCCUGAUCUGAAGGCAGAGUCUCUCGACUUCAGGAGAGCACGCACUUUCGCAGUCAUCCACGGCUUCUGGUUGGAGCGUGAUGUGAUGGUCUUGGAGACAGUCACGUCAUCGAUGCAUUUCCCGAUGUAGCUGGUCACUGAUGCCGUGUAUUCCUCCAAGUCAAUAGAGUCGCCGUUGGUUGCAGCCUCCCUAAACAUAUCCCAGUCAGUGCACUCAAAACAGUCCUGAAGAGCAGAGAUGGCUCCUGCUGGCCAGGUUUUAACCUGUUUCAGAACCGGUUUAGAGCGUCUGACGAGUGGUCUGUAUGCUGGAAUCAACAUAACAGUGAUGUGGUCUGAGUAGCCGAGGUGGGGGCGGGGCUCCGCACGAUACGCGCUGGGAAUGUUUGAAUAAACAACAUCCAGCGUGUUCGCCCCUCUCGUAGCAAAGUCCACAUACUGAUGGAAUUUAGGGAGCACUGUUCUGAGAUUUGCAUGAUUGAAAUCUCCGGCGAUGAUAAACAGUCCAUCGGGGUAGCUCGCUAAUACCUCCGUACAGCUCACACAGAGCCUCCUUAGCAUUAGCGCUGGGUGGAAUGUACACUCCGAUAAUGAGAGUAGUGGUGAAUUCCCGGGGUAAAUAAAAAGGUCUGCAUUUAACAGUUACAAACUCCACUACCGAUGAGCAGUAGUUAGACACAAGCACAGAAUCUUUACACCAUUCCGUGUUGAUGUAAACACACACACCGCCACCGCGAGUCUUACUGCACAGAGCUGCAUUCCUGUCGGCACGAAACACGGUUAGCCCGGCUAGCUGAAUGGCGGCGUCCGGAACUCUGUCGCUGAGCCACGUCUCUGUGAAAACAAAGACGCAGCAGUCUCUGAACUCAUGCCGUGUAGUUUGCUGGAGUCGGAUGCAGUCCAGUUUAUUAUCCAGUGAGCAGACGUUGGACAAGAUGAUGGAAGGGAGUGCUGGCCGGCUAGGGUUGGUUGUUAGCCUAGCACGGACACCCGCCCUUUUACCGCGCUUCCGCUUCCUCGAACAACGCUUGCGACGUCCUCUCUCCCGGCCACCGGCAUCAGGCGACGCCGAGGACUGAAGGCCUGGACUUCGCAGCAAGCCGAGUUCGCGAAGUUUGCAGAGUAGUUCAUCAUGCAAGUUAGUAACUGCAUGAUUUCUGUACCGUAAUAUCGUCUGGCGGCCGUAUACAUGAACACCACUGUCUUUGGCGUCCAUGCACUUUAAAUUUAGCGCUAAAACAAAAAGAAAGCACCAUUUUGGUUCCGGAGUGGCCGCUGCAUGCUACUGCCGCGCCGCCAUCUUGACCUGACCUGACCUGAUAUAUAUAUAUAUAUAUAUAUAUUUACAGGUUUACAGGGGUUGGAUGAAGCUGAAACGCCUGGUUUUAGACCACAAUAAUUCAUUAGUAUGGUGUAGGGCCUCCUUUUGUGGCCAAUACAGCAUCAGUUCAUCUUGGGAAUGACAGAUACAAGUCCUGCACAGUGGCCAGAGGGAUUUUGAGCCAUUCUUGCAGAAUAGUGGCCAGGUCACUACGUGAUGCUGGUGGAGGAAAACGUUUCCUGACUCGCUCCUCCAAAACACCCCAAAGUGGCUCAAUAAUAUUUAGAUCUGGUGACUGUGCAGGCCAUGGGAGAUGUUCAACUUCACUUUCAUGUUCAUCAAACCACUCUGUCACCAGUCUUGCUGUGUGUAUUGGUGCAUUAUCAUCCUGAUACACGGCACCGCCUUCAGGAUACAAUGUUUGAACCAUUGGGUGCACAUGGUCCUCCAGAAUGGUUCGGUAGUCCUUGGCAGUGACGCGCCCAUCUAGCACAAGUAUUGGGCCUAGGGAAUGCCAUGAUAUUGCAGCCCAAACCAUCACUGAUCCACCUCCAUGCUUCACUCUGGGCAUGCAACAGUCUGGGUGGUACGCUUCUUUGGGGCUUCUCCACACCGUAACUCUCCCGGAUGUGGGAAAGACAGUGAAGGUGGACUCAUCAGAGAACAAUACAUGUUUCACAUUGUCCACAGCCCAAGAUUUUCGCUGCUGGCACCAUUGAAACUGGCGUUUGGCAUUGGCACGAGUGACCAAAGGUUUGGCUAUAGCAGCCCGGCCAUGUACAUUGAGCCUGUGGAGCUCCCGAAGGAAAGUUUUGGUGGAAACAGGAGAGUUGAGGUGCACAUUUAAUUCUGCAGUGAGUUGGGCAGCUGUGGUUUUAUGUUUUUUGGAUACAAUCCGGGUUAGCACCCGGACAUCCCUUUCAGACAGCUUCCUCUUGCGUCCACAGUUACUCCUGUUGGAUGUGUUUCGUCCUUCUUGGUGGUAUGCUGACAUUACCCUGGAUACCGUGGCUCUUGAUGCAUCACAAAGACUUGCUGUCUUAGUCAGAGAUGCGCCAGUGAGACGUGCACCAACAAUUUGUCCUCUUUUGAACUCGGAUAUGUCACCCAUAAUUUUGUGUGCAUUGCAAUAUUUUAAGCAAAACUGUGCUAUUACUCUCCUUAAUUAAACCUUCACACUCUGCUCUUACUGGUGGAACGUGCAAUCAAUGAAGAUUGGCCACCAGGCUGGUCAAAUUUAGCCAUGAAACCUACACUAAAUUGGCCAGUGUUUCAGUUUCAUUGUCCAUUGUGUGUAUAUAUAUAUAAAUCAUGUCAGAACCAUGUCAUUAGAACCUUUUUCAUCCAUAAAAGUGAAAUUACAACAUAAAAUUAUAAAAAUGAAGUAAAAAACAAACUUUUUUCUAAGGAAAAAA